CUUCUCUUCUUGCUCCUAACCUCAACCACUCUCCUCUCUACCCUUUCAUUUCCAACCCUCUCGCCAUCUGCAAACAUGCUCAAGAACGGCAUUGCCCGUAGCUUGGGCAGGUCUGCCUUUGCCCGACCUUCAUUUACUCGACGCGCGUUCGAACCUCUACGAAAACAAGCUGGUCCAGCCCUCGCACAGAGAUGGGCCUCGACGGAUUCUGCAAAGGACGGCAAGAUUCAUCAGGUCAUUGGUGCCGUCGUCGAUGUCAAAUUCGACUCGGAUCAGCUUCCUCCCAUUCUUAACGCCCUCGAAACCGACAACAAUGGUCAAAAAUUGGUUUUGGAAGUCGCGCAACAUUUGGGUGAAAAUGUCGUUCGAACAAUUGCCAUGGAUGGUACCGAAGGUCUCGUUCGAGGAAGAAAGGCCACAGAUACCGGUUAUCCCAUCCGAAUUCCUGUCGGACCUGGCACCUUGGGCCGUAUCAUGAACGUCACUGGUGAUCCCAUCGACGAGCGAGGACCAAUCAAGGCUACCAAACUCGCACCUAUCCACGCUGACGCUCCUGAAUUCGUUGACCAAGCCACUUCUGCUGAGGUGUUGGUUACUGGUAUCAAAGUCGUCGAUCUUCUUGCUCCCUAUGCUCGUGGUGGCAAGAUUGGUCUCUUCGGUGGUGCUGGUGUCGGCAAGACUGUGUUUAUUCAAGAACUGAUUAACAACAUUGCCAAGGCCCAUGGUGGUUAUUCUGUCUUCACCGGUGUCGGCGAGCGUACCCGUGAGGGUAACGAUUUGUACCACGAAAUGCAAGAGACCUCCGUCAUUCAGCUUGAUGGCGAGUCUAAGGUCGCCCUGGUGUUCGGUCAAAUGAACGAGCCUCCUGGUGCUCGUGCUCGUGUGGCUUUGACUGGCUUGACCGUUGCUGAAUACUUCCGUGACGAGGAAGGACAGGAUGUGUUGCUCUUCAUUGACAAUAUCUUCCGCUUCACGCAAGCCGGUUCCGAAGUGUCUGCCCUUUUGGGCCGUAUUCCCUCUGCCGUCGGUUACCAACCCACUCUUGCCGUCGACAUGGGUCUCAUGCAGGAACGUAUCACUACCACCCAAAAGGGAUCCAUCACUUCAGUGCAGGCCGUCUACGUGCCCGCUGAUGAUUUGACCGAUCCUGCUCCUGCCACCACCUUUGCCCAUUUGGACGCCACCACUGUGUUGUCUCGUGGUAUCUCCGAGUUGGGUAUCUACCCUGCUGUCGAUCCUUUGGAUUCCAAGUCCCGUAUGCUGGAUCCUCGUGUUGUUGGCCAAGAACACUACGACACUGCUUCCCGAGUUCAGCAGAUGUUGCAAGAGUACAAGUCGCUCCAGGACAUCAUUGCCAUUUUGGGUAUGGAUGAGUUGUCUGAACAAGACAAGUUGACCGUCGAGCGUGCUCGUAAGCUGCAGAGAUUCUUGAGCCAGCCUUUCACCGUCGCCCAAGUUUUCACUGGUAUCGAGGGCAAGCUUGUCGAUCUCAAGGACACCAUCAGCUCUUUCCAAAAGAUCAUCAACGGUGAAGGCGAUGAUCUUCCUGAAGGUGCUUUCUACAUGGUUGGUGACUUUGAGAGCGCUCGCGCAAAGGGUGAGAAGAUCUUGGCAGAACUCGAACAGUCAUAGAUGGAACCAAAGUCUUCAGAUAGAUUGUGAUGCAGCAACCAUGUGUGUCCAAGGGGCGGGUCCAAAAUCUUUCUCCUUUGUUGCGUCCAAGAAGAUGGUGCCCAAGCUCGAAGGGAGAUUGGUCGGAGAGGAGCGUUGCGACAAAGCCAACCUGUACAUUGAAUCCUCUUUGAGAAAAAUCUGUUUACUCAAUCUUACAUGCCAUCUUCUCUGCAUUACGGUGUCAGGCCACAAUGCUCCCGUAAUUCCUCCCACAGUGUGGUCUUUGUAGACGAUUUUGUAGUUGCAUGCGGUCGUGCAUUCACAUUACCACGUUCAUCAUGUCCAAUAUAUCGCCCACCAUCCAGGGCACUUGACUAGAG